AUUUAUAUCAAACAAUCCAUAGUCUUAGGCCACGUUUUGCAAUCCAACAAUUCCUUCCCCGUCUUUCGACUUGCUAAACUUGUUCCAAACCCUAAUCCCUAUUCCCUACUAAUCAAAAUCGGAAUCUUGAAAUUUCUUACGCCAUGGCUAGCGAUUUUCAAGAUUCUCCUCGCAAGCAUCACCGCUCCCCUUCAGACGACGAUUCACCAGAACAUACAAAGCGUCACAAACAUCGUCAUCACCGUCAUCAUCGCCGUCAUCGCCAUUACCAUCGCCAUAGCAACUCGAAGCAUGAUGAUGUGAAAAAGGAUGAAAUUGAUGCGAAAAAUCGAGAGGAAGUAGUUGAAAAUACUACCAAGCGUCCUCUUGUUGAUUAUGAUAUGGAGGAAGGUGAGAUAGUUGAAGAUGAAGUUGCAGAUGAAAUUGCUGAGAAGAAGAUCGGUUCGGAUGUAGAAUCAGGUGAAUUUAAAGCCAGUGAUCUUCGAAGUGAUGUUGAUGAUUCUAACAUGAGUGUUGAUGCUGAUUUAGAGAACUCUAGAAGCAAUAAUAUUUCGUUGCAAACCGAUAAUAGUGGAAACCCUAUACCGCAUUUUAAGUCCUCUGGUAGUGAUCAGAGUGAUGAGACUAAGGAACAUGGGAGACGUUCUCGUCAUGUUGAGUUGAUUGUGUUGGAGACAGUGAGUAAUGGUGAUCUUGCUAGGAGGUCUAGGGAGGGAGAAUCUAUGUCACAUACAAGGAACAUUUAUUUUUCAAAAGAUUUUAUUAAGGAAAAAAAUGGGUACAGGAGUGGAAGCAAAGAACCUGUCUUGGAUUUGAUGGAUAUGGAUGAAGAUGUCCAUGGGGGUAGAGAAAAUUUAUAUUCUCAUAAAGCAAGGGAGGUGCAUCAGGAAGCAAUCCACCACUCUCCUUCUGAUGCCCAUGGAAGGUACCAUUUAAAGACUACUAGUAACAAGAGUAGGGCAGGGUCUCUUGAUAAGACAAAGGAAAGAGAGCGCUCUCAUCGUCAUGAAAGGGGUGAAAGUCAGUGUGAUAAUAGCAAGGUUGGAUAUGAAGUGGAUGAGAAAAGGGACGAUAUUGGAGGAAGAGACAGGGCUGAUGGUGGAGAUAAGCCUAAGUAUAAAGGAAGAGAGAAAGGGAUGGAAGAGAGGAUAUAUCGGGAAAAGAAACGAGGUGACCGAGAUUUGAGCAAAGAGAGGAGUUUAAGGGGUCAUGAUAGGGAUUGGGAAAAAGAACGAGAUAGGAUCCAUGACAGGGAUCAUGAAAGGGAGAAGAAUUCUGCUAGGGACAGGGAUAGGCAUAGGGAGACAAAAAGUCAUAUAGACCGGGAUAGAGAUCGUGGGGAGAGCAGGGACAGAGAUUUUGAAAGGGAAAGGGAAAGGGAAAGGGAAAGGAGAAGGGAGAGGAGUCGUGGUAGGAGCAAGGAGAAAGACCUUGAAAGGGAAAUGAGGAGAGAUGAUAGCAUGUUAGUGGUUAGAGAUAAAGAGAGAGAAUGGGACAAAGUGAGAGAUAGGUCUCGCAAGGUAGAAAUGGAUCGGGGAAGAGAUAGGUAUGGUGACAGAGAUAGGCAUAGAGAUACUGUUAGGGAUGUUGAGAGGGACAGGAAUAAAAGAUACCAUAAAUACAAUGAUCGUGAUGAUGAAGAUAGUAAUCGGGAUAGGCAUCGUGGUAAUGAGGAAGUAGAAUAUUACAGAGACAGAGAGAUGAAACAUGAUCCGGAGAAGGAUAAGGCCUAUAAAGUUGAUUCUCAAAAUGAACAUGAAGAUGGAGCAAAUGGGGAUUUUGAUGACCAGAAUGAUAAUCAGGAAUCAGUAGAGUUGAAGCGCCCUGGGCAAGAAGAGGAUGAUAUUGAUAGAAUUAAGGAGGAGAGUAGAAGGAGAAGGGAAGCCAUCCUUCAAAAAUAUAAAGCUCAACAAUGUCAGCAGCAACAAGCUGCACGUCAGGUUUUCAGAGUAUCAGAAGAGUUGACAGAGCAGCCUUCUCAAAAGUUGGCAUCUGUAAAUGCUGUAUUAGAAGAAGUCAAGGAUGUGAAGGGUAAGGGUAAUGAUCAAGAUGCUUCUGUGGUUGAGAUUUCAUCUGACAUAGGGAAAUCUUUGUUGGAAAAUGGUGCAACUGUUGUUGAUAGGAGCACAAUUGAAUUGGGGGAUGGUUCUCCUAAGAGUGAGCGCUCUAAUGACAUGUUCACUGAUGAUAUAUUUGGAGAUUCUCCUGCCGGAGGUCAUAAGAUGGUCAAAGGAGAUGGUAUGCCUGUUGAAAGGAGUGGUCUUCAUGAUAAUUGGGAUGAUCCAGAGGGAUAUUACAGCUUUCGUUUUGGGGAAAUACUUGAUGGCCGUUACGAAAUUACAGCAGCACAUGGUAAAGGUGUAUUUUCAACUGUUGUUCGUGCAAAGGAUCUUAAAGCUGGAUCUGGCGAUCCAGAGGAAGUGGCUAUCAAAAUUAUACGUAAUAAUGAAACAAUGCUAAAAGCAGGGACAGAAGAGCUGGUGAUAUUAAAGAAGUUAGUUGGUGCAGAUCCAGAUGACCGGCGGCACUGUGUUCGUUAUCUUUCACAUUUCAAGUACCGUAAUCAUCUUUGUAUAGUUUUUGAAUCUCUUCAUAUGAAUCUGCGUGAGGUUCUAAAGAAGUUUGGUCGUAAUAUUGGCCUAAAGCUUACUGCUGUGAGAACCUAUGCAAAGCAAUUAUUUGUUGCGUUGAAGCAUCUUAGAAAUUGUGGAGUUCUUCAUUGUGAUAUAAAGCCCGACAAUAUGCUGGUAAACGAUUCUAAAAAUGUGCUGAAGCUUUGUGAUUUUGGAAAUGCAAUGUUUUCUGGUAAAAAUGAGAUUACACCUUACCUUGUUAGCCGUUUUUAUCGUGCUCCUGAGAUUAUUCUUGGCUUGCCCUAUGAUCACCCCAUGGACAUCUGGUCAGUUGGUUGUUGUCUGUAUGAGCUGUACACUGGAAAAGUUCUUUUUCCUGGUCCUUCAAACAAUGAUAUGCUUCGUCUUCACAUGGAAUUGAAGGGUUCCUUCCCAAAGAAGAUGCUUCGUAAGGGAGCCUUCAUUGAACGGCAUUUUGAUCAGGAUCUAAAUUUUCUCGCCACUGAAGAAGAUCCUGUCACAAAGAAGACUCUUAGAAGGCUGCUUGUCAAUAUCAAGCCAAAAGAUAUCGGUAACAUCAUUAAAGGUUCCGCAGGAGAAGAUCCAAAAAUGCUGGCUAACUUCAAGGAUCUUCUGGAAAAAGUUUUUGUAUUAGAUCCAGAUAAAAGGCUAACUGUUUCACAAGCUUUGAAUCACCCAUUUAUAACGGGCAAGUGAAAUCAGAUGCUGAUUUUCUGACUCCAGAAAUUGCUGUUGCACUAGAUUUUUGUACAUUUCACUCUUAAUUUAUACCAGUCUCUAAUUAAUGGGAAUUUGCCUGUCUAUCUUUUCGGCACAUCCAUGGCCGGUUUUGAUGGAGAUGGCUACUGGCAUAAUUGAAGUUGGGACUCAGAGGCUGGUGUCUAUUGGGAGGUCGUAUUGGCAGUUCUCAAUGGAAUAUGUUCUAUUUCUAUUGUAAGACAACUCGCCAAAGGCGUAUUUCUUUCAUUGUAAUCAUUCUUGAUGUUUUAUUAUACAAAAGUACACCAUUUCACCCUUGA